UGCGACGGGGGCGGCUCUUUCCUGGGUGGGGUUUGUGAAGUCGUGGCCCGUUAGCAGGAAGCCGAGCAGUCGUCCCGACGCUAGAGAGAGACCCAAUCCGAGCCCCCAGUCCCCGGAGUCAGCCGUGUGUACUGCGUGCUCAGCGCCGUCCGACAGCUCCCGGCCAAACUUCGCCAACUCUGCUGCCUUUGUCGCCACCAUGCCCAAGACGAUCAAUGUACGUGUGACCACCAUGGACGCUGAGCUGGAGUUUGCCAUCCAGCCCAACACCACCGGGAAGCAGCUGUUUGACCAGGUGGUGAAAACUAUCGGCCUGAGGGAAAUUUGGUUUUUUGGUCUGCAGUACCAGGACACUAAGGGUUUCUUUACUUGGCUGAAACUCAAUAAGAAGGUGACUGCCCAGGAUGUGCGGAAGGAAAGCCCUCUGCUUUUCAAGUUCCGGGCCAAGUUCUACCCUGAGGAUGUAUCUGAAGAGUUGAUCCAGGACAUCACACAGCGACUAUUCUUCCUGCAAGUGAAGGAGGACAUUCUCAAUGAUGAUAUUUACUGCCCACCUGAGACUGCUGUGUUGCUGGCCUCCUAUGCUGUCCAAUCCAAGUAUGGUGACUUCAAUAAGGAAGUCCACAAGUCUGGCUACUUGGCUGGGGACAGGUUGCUGCCACAGAGGGUCCUGGAGCAGCACAAGCUUAACAAGGACCAGUGGGAGGAAAGGAUCCAGGUAUGGCAUGAGGAGCACCGGGGCAUGCUCAGGGAGGAUGCUGUCCUGGAGUAUCUGAAGAUUGCCCAGGAUCUGGAGAUGUAUGGUGUGAACUACUUUAGCAUCAAGAACAAGAAAGGCUCAGAGCUAUGGCUGGGAGUGGAUGCCCUGGGUCUCAACAUCUAUGAGCAGAAUGACAGGCUGACUCCUAAGAUAGGCUUCCCCUGGAGUGAAAUCAGGAACAUCUCUUUCAAUGACAAGAAAUUUGUCAUCAAGCCCAUUGACAAAAAAGCCCCGGACUUUGUUUUCUAUGCUCCUCGGCUGCGGAUUAACAAACGGAUCUUGGCUCUGUGCAUGGGGAACCAUGAGCUAUACAUGCGCCGUCGCAAGCCCGACACCAUUGAAGUACAGCAGAUGAAGGCACAGGCCCGGGAGGAGAAGCACCAGAAGCAGAUGGAGCGUGCUCUGCUGGAAAAUGAAAAGAAGAAACGUGAGAUGGCAGAAAAGGAGAAGGAGAAGAUUGAACGGGAAAAGGAGGAACUGAUGGAGAGGCUGAAGCAAAUCGAGGAACAGACUAAGAAGGCUCAACAAGAACUGGAAGAACAGACCCGCAGGGCUCUGGAACUUGAACAGGAGCGAAAGCGUGCCCAGAGUGAGGCUGAAAAACUGGCCAAAGAGCGUCAAGAGGCUGAAGAGGCCAAGGAGGCUCUGUUGCAGGCCUCCCAGGACCAGAAGAAGACCCAGGAACAAUUGGCCUUGGAAAUGGCAGAGCUGACAGCUCGGAUCUCCCAGCUGGAGAUGGCCCGACAAAAGAAGGAGAGUGAGGCUGUGGAAUGGCAGCAGAAGGCUCAGAUGGUACAAGAAGACUUGGAGAAGACCCGUGCAGAGCUGAAGACUGCCAUGAGCACGCCUCAUGUGGCAGAGCCUGCUGAAAAUGAGCAGGAUGAGCAGGAUGAGAACGGGGCAGAGGCCAGCGCUGAACUGCGAGCUGAUGCCAUGGCCAAGGAUCGCAGUGAGGAGGAACGUACCACUGAGGCAGAAAAGAAUGAGCGUGUGCAGAAGCACCUGAAGGCCCUCACUUCAGAGCUGGCCAAUGCCCGUGAUGAGUCCAAGAAGACUGCUAAUGACAUGAUUCAUGCUGAGAACAUGCGACUGGGUCGAGACAAAUACAAAACCCUGCGCCAGAUCCGGCAGGGCAAUACUAAGCAGCGCAUUGAUGAGUUUGAGUCUAUGUAAAGGGCACCUAGCCCCUAGGGACCCCUCCUCCCUUCUUCCUUGCUCUCACACUCUUAUACUCUUGCCUAACUCACACUGUGCUGGAGCCAUUAACUAGAGCAGUCCUGGAGUCACGCCAAGCAUUCAGUGCAGCCAUGGGACCAAACCUAGCCCCUCAAUCCUUAUUCACUUCCCUAGGCAGAGAGAUGGCCACUAUGGUGCCAAUGAGAUCCUCUUUUUCCUCUGUCCUGGGUGAUCUGGCUUGCUAGAAGAGAACACUUUCUCAGCUCAGAGGCACUUCCCAACUUGGUUUGGGAAAUACCCUCAUAUUUAAUGCUGCUCUGCAGGAGUCAAGUGUGGAGUAGGUUGAAAACUGGCCCUCACCCCUGCCCUACCACAGCCUUCAUCUUCAUGGUCUUGUGAUUUGCAGAAUUGAAGCAUCACAGGUUUAGAAAUGAAGGCAGGGCCCUGGCUACAUGCUCUAGAAUGUCAACUGCCCUAGGAUUAGGCCUCCCAAUGUCCAUUCCUUCUAGAGUUACUUAUGCUUUGUAAUGAUUGGAGGCAAAAAGAUGUUCAGUCAUUCUUCUCUCUACCUCCCAGAUUGGGCCUGUUACAAAUUCAGUCCCAAUAAGCCUUGUGCCUGAGUUCAGACACUCAUUUUUCUCUUCAGGGUGAUAUGGGGGAGAAUAUGCCUUCAAGAGGCUUCCCCGACAUCCUGGAAGGCUGUUAGCCCUUCUGUUCAGACAUGAUUGGGUAGAGAAUAUGCCUCUAUGCUUUAUGGGAGCCUAGGCUUAUUUCAGGUGAGCUCUAUGGGCAGAGAUAUCCCUUACUUAUUAUUCUGUGUUCCUCUUCCCUUCUUGGGACCUGCCCUUCCCCACUCUAAAUCCACAAAUCCCCUCAGGUAGAACAAUAGGGAUGAUUACUCUCAACCCAGCCAGCCACACCUAGAACUCUUGCCAAGGGGACGAAAUAUUCACAUGUGGCUUCAGUAUUUUCACCUCCAGGGGAUCCCAAACCACUUCUCCCUUCAGGGCUAGUUGGGCCACAACUUCUGCUUCAGGGUCAUUAAGGCCUUGGUUUCGUGAGUCCUGGAUCUUGAUGUCAGUUGGCUCAAUUGGUGAAUGUGUGGAAGAAGCCAAGUGUGGUGUGAGAAGCUCGUGACCCAGAUCCUACAGGUUACUUGAGCCCUACCAAGUGCCUAACAGCCCCUUCCUAUCACCCCUCUCUGAGGUGAUGGUUGGGUCCUGCCUCUGUUUAAUAAACCUUUAACCCAGAUCUUCCCACCAGCUGUGCUAUCCCUUGGAGCUAUAAAUCAGAGAGCUGUUAGGGGUUCUGGUCUGGUCCCUUUCACGCCGCCACCUCUUUCUCUCAACCCUGGAGCAGCAUCCUCUUCCUCUCUGUCUCACGUGUGCUCUUUUUCUUUCUACCAGUGUUAUAUAUUUUAGCAGCAUCUAACUCAACAUUGAUUUCUGCAUUUCUUGCUAAUGCACCUUUAGAAGAUACUAGUCUUGGGACAGGAUCAUUUUGGCCUCAUUCCUUUACCACCCCUACACCUAAGAAGCAUAUUUUGCCAGAAAAAUUAAUGUAAGAAGCUUUCAGUAUUAGUGAUAUCAUCUGUCACUGUAGGUCAUACAAUCCUUUUUUAAAGUACUUGGUAUUUGGUUUUAUUGUUCCCCUUUUUUUCCUGCCUUCUUCUCAAGGUUCAUUCCCCAAAGGGGCCCUACUGUACUUCUAUGCAGUGUCCCUAGCCCAGAGUCCAUGGCUUUGAUCCCUCUAUCCCCUUGUCUUCUGCUUGACCUUGGGAAAUCUUAUGUGCAUCGCUGUGUAUUAUAUUGACACUUUCUUGGUGAUGUGCCCUAUAUUUGCUAAAUUCAAACCUGGAAUUAUGGGGCAAUCCAGCUGCCUUAAAGAUAGUAUACCACCCCACCACCACCCCCCUCCCCGCCAGGGGAAGCUGGGAAGAAAGAUUAGAUUUUAUAUUCAGGGUUUUUUUGUGCGUCUUUUGUUUUUUUUUGUUUUUUUUGUUUUUUUUUUUUAAUUUGUUUUUGGAGGGGUUUAUGCUUAACCCAUGUUCUAUUUCAGUGCCAAUAAAAUUUAGGAAGACUUCA